ACCGAAGAGAAAACGGCGGAGGAAAAAAUCGCUCGGAAAAGUGUAAACAGCUCGGAGAAAACGGCGCAACGAAACGCCUGGUGUCUGGAUUUGGCGGUGGCAGCUGCUGAAUGAACUUGGCAGAGGAUUUUAAGUUUGUCUUGUCGCCGAAAAAACGAGAGCUUUCUCAAAGUUGAGCCGAAGAGGAGUUCUCUCAUUCAGGAUGUCGGACUAAGACAAAGGGGUCUGGGGGGCAUUCCCGUCGGAGCGCAGGUAAAACUUGAUCCUUGAAGUCUCCUCUGGAUGGGAAAGAUGGAGAGGGAGUUACAAUGGUGGAAAGGACAGCUGGCUGCAGAUAUCCAUCAAUCCCUCCGCAUCAAGGAGCUGAAGUUACCGGUCUACCGGGCCCAUUCACCACAGAUCGGCAUGCGUCGGUACUUUGCAGACCUGUUGGCCAUCCUGAGUAAUCGCUACCAGCUCUGCCCUACAGCACGUCACCUGGCCGUCUACCUGCUGGACUUGUUCAUGGACCACUAUGAUGUGGCCGUCAAGCAGCUCUAUAUCAUUGCCCUCUCUUGUCUGCUCCUAGCUAGUAAAUUUGAGGAGAAGGAGGACCGAGUACCCAAGCUGGAGCAGUUGAACUCUCUGGGCUUCAUGUGUAGCCUGAACCUGGUUCUCAACAAGAGAGAUUUGAUCAAAAUGGAGCUUCUACUGCUGGAGACCUUCGGCUGGAAUCUGUGCAUGCCCACACCCGCCCACUUUAUUGACUACUACCUCCAUGCCUCGGUACAGGAGGGCGACCUCUACAAUGGCUGGCCACUGUCCUCGCUCUCCAAGACCAAGGCCUUCAUGGACAAAUACACUCACUACUUCCUGGAAGUCUCACUGCAAGACCACGCCUUCCUGAGUUUCCGACCAUCCCAGGUUGCCGCUGCGUGUGUGGCGGCGUCUCGUAUUUGCCUUCAGAUUUCCCCAAGCUGGACGGCCGCUCUGCAUCUCCUAACUGGCUACACCUGGGACCACCUCACCCAGUGCAUCGAACUCAUGCUGCUUGCUCAUGACAACGAUGUUAAGGAGGCCAACAAAACCAAAUCCACCCCUCCUCACCGACCCUCUCUGCAGACUCAACCGCAGACCUCUCACCUCUCUCCAGUGUCAGCCAUCCAGAGACCAGCUUCCUCCUCUUCCUCCUCCUCCUCCACCUCCACUACACCACAGCUGCUCUUUCAGCCUGACGGUUUCCCACACCUUUCCCAGCAUUCCCCUUCCCUGUCCCAGCUUCAAGCGCUAGCUGACUCCCACACUUUGGGGCCUGUGGUGAACAUGUCUCAGGACUUUCUUCAGAGCCACAGGAUGGGUCUACUCACUGGGGCUCCUUCCAUGACUCAUGGAGGUGGGUUUCCCUCUUACCCGAGCCUGACCUCUGGCCUUCAGCCGGGGGCUCGUGCGCUGCCGCUGCAGGGCCCCAUUUCUGUGCAGAUGGCUCUCGCUGGAGAACCCCGUCACUGCAUGAGUAUGGCUUACAGCGGUGGCUACCUGGGGGCCCAUCACACUUUCACCGCCGGCUGCUUCGACAGGUGACGCCAGGAGACGGAGAGGGAACAAAAACCGUAUCGGGAGUUUACUGCCGUGCUUCCGCCCCAGAUUACUACUCGGAAAUAUCCAUUUACAGACCUCCUCUCUCUCUCCGUCGGCACCGCAACACCUUCAGCAUGUCCAAGUCCCCCAACCCUCUCACAGAGACGCCUCAAACGUAAGCAGAGGUCCAAAGGCAAGACAGACCCGGUGGAAGUCAUCACACUGACGUGACAAAUGCUCCUCAGACUCUUUUAAAAUACUGAAGCAUUAGAAAAUGUUACUGCCAUAUUCCUAACUGGUUUUAUGAAUCUGUGUUUUUACAAUACUGUCAUCACUGUGAAUGAGAUGAAAGCAGCAGUGUGAUCUAACACCCACCUCAUUCAGUGCCUCUUCUCAGUUGCGUGAUAGCUGAGCCAAUUUUAGAAGUGCACAGGACACAAAGUAUCUGCGAUAAGGAUAUCUUGCUGCUUGACAUAUUUUUUUCUAAUCCCAAAAAAUUGAACGCAUUUUAGAAGAAGAAGAAAUUGGCUGGUAUUGUUUAUGGAGCCAUUAUUUGAGCCAGAGAUGGGACAAGAAAAGAGCUUGUCACUGAUCUGGCAUGGAAUAAAGAGGCUGUGCAUGUCAGUGAAAUAUUUUGGUGAAUAACGGGUUGUGUCUCCUGAAUGUCAGCGAACAUUGAUACGCUGCCUGUGUUAGGGCGGAAGGGCCCCUCUGGGAAUUCCUCACUGCAUAAGUCCUCAGAGGGGAUGAAGAAUUCAUUGUUUUGUGCACAGCAGGUGAAGUCGACACCUCUGACACGCCUGCAGUGUUUAGCUUUUUCUUUUUUCUCCCCUCCUGUCAUCGUCAUCUCUUCUCUCCCACCUCCAAAGUUGAGCCUCUUGACUGGAGCCCCUUACACAUCCGGGCGAACAUGUGGCUCACGUCUGCCACAGGCUUUUGUCAUACUAAAGUUUUAAUUUGCGUCUCCAGCUCCACUCAAAGAAUUGAACACAAACUGACAUGACCGGACCAGCGUGGUGAAGGAGACGUGGAUGUUGGUUGUGUACUGUACAUAUGAAUUGCUGCUGCCUUCUAAUGAACUGUUGGUUCUGUGUCUGUGUUAAUGAUGUUUACAUGAACCACUAAGUAUCAGGGACUUGAACAAGAUUACUUGAAUAUGAUGCCAUUGAAACAUGCCAUAGCUUUUAUUUAUGACUAAUUGUUUUUCUUGUUCUUGUUUU